AUGAGCGUCAAGCGCAAGUUUGUCGCGGACGGUGUCUUUUACGCCGAACUGAACGAGUUGUUGACGGCGGAACUCGCCGAAGAAGGGUACGCCGGAGUGGAAGUCCGCACGACGCCGCACCGUACCGAGUUGAUUAUCCGCGCGACCCGCACACAGAACGUGCUCGGUGAGAACAAUCGCCGCAUUCGGGAACUUACUUCGGUGGUGCAGAAGCGCUUCAACUUUGCCGACGGUGCCGUGGAGUUGUACGCGGAGCGUGUGCAGAACCGCGGACUGUGUGCGCAAGCGCAGGCGGAAUCGCUCAAGUUCAAGCUUCUCGGAGGAUUGGCGGUGCGUCGUGCGUGCUACGGUGUCGUGCGAUUCGUCAUGGAAGCCCAGGCCAAGGGGUGUGAAGUCGUGGUGACUGGAAAACUGCGUGGACAGCGUGCAAAGGGCAUGAAGUUCGGUGACGGAUACAUGAUCAAGACGGGACACGCCGGACAAGUCUACACCGAUUCCGCCGUUCGUCACGUUCUCAUGCGACAAGGAGUCAUUGGAAUUAAGGUCUCUAUCAUGCUUCCGCAAGAUCCCAAGGGACAAAUGGGUCCCAAGAUUCCGUUGGAUGAUGUGGUGACCAUUCUGGAACCCAAGGAGGAACCGAAUGGCGUCGCCGGUACUUUAUCCUCAAAGGCAGUAAGCUUUUCUUCGCCAAAAACGAAUACGCCGCCCCGCACGGAUUUGUGGACUUGGCUACCUGUACCACGGUCAAAUCCGCCGAUUUGA